UUUUUCUCCCUCAGUCUGUUUCUUUUUUAUUUUAUUCUUUCUUUUUCCUCGUUCUUUUUUUUUUGUUUUCGCGGUCUUUUUGACGCGUCGUCUCGCGAGUGAACUCGAUCGUUCUCGAGUGAAUCUUUUUCCUCCUUUUCUCAUCGUUCAACAUCCUGCCGGAGACAUCCUGGAAUCCUCAUCGAUAUAUCUCUUCUACUACGAAGUUUUGGUGGUAACGGAGCAGCAGCCAUGGACUGGCGGGGGAUCGUGCUGACAUAUCUGUUGAUUACUAUAACGAGGCACGGUACUAUACGAGCAGCCCAAAUACCCCAACAAAUACCGACGUCAACCGCGGCGAUAGCGAGCACGGUGCAAAUCGAGUGUGCGAGCGAAUCGAUAAUCGUGCAUAUUUCGACCGAGGGUAGAACCGACUUUCACGGUUUGGUUUAUCCACGAGGUUUGUCGAAAAAUAGUUCCUGUCUGCAGGAAUACAGGAGUCAACCCUCGCCGAUAACUUACAACCUGCCUUUGAGAUCCUGCAACACGAUGCCUACCGAAUUGGACGACGGUGGUGUCGAAUAUUUCAAUACUAUAGUAGUGCAACCGCACCUAAAGUUGGUCACGAAUCAAGGCAGGGGUUUUCAUGUGAGAUGUCGAUACCAGACACGAGACAAAGUUGUAACGAACGAUCAGACCCACGUGGCAAUGUUGCAAUCUCUACCACUCCAGGCAACCGCUCCGAUGCCUGGAUGCACAAUGAAGAUCUUCAGCGGAGAUCCAACGAGGCAUCAGGUGGCAGAGAACGUGAAGAUCGGUGAUCCACUGACUUUGGUCAUCAGUAUCGACAAACAAGAGAUGUUUGGUUUGAAAAUCUCCGAUUGUUUGGUCCGAGAUGGUCUGGGUUGGGGAGAACAGAGGCUGAUCAAUAACGAAGGAUGUCCCGUAGAUGGCGAGAUCAUGGGACAAUUCAUCUAUAACGAAGAUAAAACAGAAGCGAAAGUCAACUUCCAAGCACAUAAGUUCCCAUAUACGGCGAGCGUUUAUUAUCAAUGUAACGUGAGGCUCUGCGUUAAACAUGGCGGAGGAUGCAGUAAUACGCCACCGUUAUGUAACGCGAUAACGAGAAGACGCAGAGACACGAACAACGGUGGUGACAAUGCGAAAAAUGUCGAAAGUCUCGAUGGCGGUACACCUGCUACCAUCGAAGUUUAUAGCGGGCUUUACGUAAACGAGGCUUCCGACGUUAGCUCGAAAUCCGAUUUUACCGACGACGUCUUCAGAGAGAGGACGAUCGACGAUCCCAACAGUAUCUGCAUAUCGCAGAGAAGCUUCGCCAUCGGCAUCGCAAUCGCAGGCUUGAUACUCAUGCUGGUAGUGAUCGCCGCCAUUUUGGUACUACUAGCUAAGAGACGACACAAGAGCGUGUCGACGACGGGCUCUUCAAUUUACAGUGGACCCUAUACGAACACUGCAUAUAGUCAUAGCAGUUAAAAAAACAUUCUCGAGACGUUAGUACGAAAAAGAUAAGAGAGAAAAAAAAAGCAAAAAACAAAAAUAAUAAGAAGAAAAUAUUAGUAAUAAAAAUAAUAAUAGUAAUAAUCGUAAUAAUAAUUAUAAUAAUAAUUAUAAUAUUAAUAAUAGUAGUAGUAAUAGUAAUAAUAGUAAUAAUAAUAAUGAGUCACGGUGUCUCGAUAGGAUCUAUCGUUGUUUACGAAGAAACAUUUUUUAAUAAUACCGAAAUAUCUUUGAAAUAAUAUUGGAAAGAAAGAGAGAGGGGAAAGGAAAGUUAUAAAAAAAGAAGAAGAAUAUAAAAAGAGAGAACAUUUUAAUUAAUCGAGAGAAAUAACUGCCGUUAAUUACUGCCCACUAUUUUUAUUAACUAUUUAAUCUAAGAAAAAAAAAAAAAAGAAAAAGAUGUUUCCAUU